GCUCUCGGCACAGGGGGCCCCACACCUGACCACCUUCCCUCUCCACCUGCUCCUCUGACCGACUCCACCCUCAACCCACCAGGACCAUGGGCUGCUGUGGCUGCUCCGGAGGCUUCGGGGGCUGCGGCUCUGGCUGUGGGGGCUGCGGCUCCGGCUGUGGGGGCAGCGGCUCUGGCUGCUGUGUGCCCGUUUGCUGCUGCAAGCCCGUGUGCUGCUGUGUGCCAGCCUGUUCCUGCAACGGCUGUGGCAAAGGGGGCUGUGGCUCCUGUGGGGGCUGUAAGGGGGGCUGUGGCUCCUGCGGGGGCUGCAAGGGGGGCUGUGGGUCCUGUGGGGGCUGCAAGGGGGGCUGUGGGUCCUGUGGGAGCUGCAAGGGGGGCUGUGGCUCCUGUGGCUGCUCCCAGUCCAGCUGCUGUGUCCCUGUUUGCUCCCAGUCCAGCUGCUGCAAACCCUGCUGCUCCCAGUCCAGCUGCUGUGUCCCCAUUUGCUGCCAGUGCAAGAACUGA